AUGAAGUUCUCUUUGAUCGCUGCUGCCACCUUGGCCACUCUCGCUGUCGCUUCCCCUGUCGAAAUAGACAGGCGCCAAGACAGCGGUUACUUCCCGCCCAUCAGCGAGAUGCUCUACUGCCUCAACCCAUUCAACACCGCUGCGUGCUUCGCCGCGAACGGCCACGCUGAAGUCGCAUCCGCGGCGGCGGCGGCCAACUUCCCCAGCUCCUCCCUCCAUAACGGCCAGGGUGACGCCUUCCGUCACUGCUACUGGAACGCGAGGAUGGCCAUCUACUUGGGUACCGCUCGCGCGAAGGAGAUCGGUGACAACCACGAGAACUCGGGUAACAAUCCCGCCAAUGAGAAGGCGAUGGACUUGGCGAACAACGCCACGGGCAGGACUAUUGGAGCCAAUGCUGCUGGUUCCACCAAGGAGGCGAAGUACAACAAUGCGCAAGCAGAGUGUCUCAGGAGGGCGCGUAACGGACAGCUUGUCACUUUGAAGUAA